AUGUCUCUUUCUACCAAGCUGGCAAUUUCGGAUGUCGAUCUGACCGACAAGCGCGUGCUUAUGCGCGUGGACUUCAACGUGCCGCUGGAUGGUGACAAGAUCACCAACAACCAGCGUAUUGUGGCGGCGCUGCCGACCAUCAAAUACGCGCUGGAGCACAAGGCCAAGGCUGUGGUGCUCAUGUCGCACCUCGGUCGUCCGGACGGCCAGAAGCAGGACAAGUUCUCGCUGAAGCCGGUGGCGACGGAGCUCGGCAAGCUGCUGAACAAGGACGUGCAGUUCCUUCCCGACUGCGUCGGUCCCGAGGUCGAGAAGGCCGUGAAUGCGGCGUCGAAUGGCGCUGUGGUCCUCCUGGAGAAUGUGCGUUUCCACAUUGAGGAAGAGGGCAAGGGUAAGGAUGCCAACGGCGAGAAGAUCAAGGCGGACAAGGACGCUGUGGCCAAGUUCCGUGCGGAGCUGACCAAGCUCGGUGACGUGUACGUGAACGAUGCCUUCGGUACGGCGCACCGUGCGCACUCGUCGGUGGUGGGCAUUGACCUGCCGCAGCGUGCGUCUGGUUUCCUGAUGAAGAAGGAGCUUGACUUCUUCUCGAAGGCCCUCGAGUCGCCGGAGCGUCCGUUCUUGGCGAUUCUCGGUGGUGCAAAGAUCUCGGACAAGAUUCAGCUCAUCGAGAACAUGCUCGACAAGGUGAACAUGCUCAUUGUCGGUGGUGGUAUGGCCUUCACCUUCAAGAAGGAGCUGAACAACAUGAGCAUCGGCAACUCGCUGUACGAUGAGGAGGGCGCGAAGAAGGUGCACGACCUCAUGGAGAAGGCGAAGAAGAACAACGUCGAGGUGUUCUUCCCUGUGGACUAUGUCACUGGUGACAAGUUCGGCAAGGAUGCGCAGGUUGGCCACGCUGACGACGAGAACGGCAUCCCGGACGGCUGGAUGGGUCUGGAUGUGGGCGAGAAGAGCGCGAAGAUCUUCAAGGAGGCCAUCCUCAAGGCCAAGACCAUUCUGUGGAACGGUCCGCCGGGUGUGUUUGAAUUCGACAACUUCGCAGCUGGCUCCAAGGCUGUGCUUGACGCGUGCGUGCAGGCCGACAAGAACGGCAGCACGGUGAUCGUCGGUGGUGGUGACACGGCGACUGUCGUGGCCAAGUACCACGAGGAGUCGAACAUCUCCCACGUGUCGACCGGUGGUGGUGCCUCGCUGGAGCUGCUCGAGGGCAAGGAGCUGCCGGGUGUCGUGGGUCUGAGCAACAAGUAG